CUCAUUAUUUCUUCAGUUUCCAUUUCCACUCAACCUAAACCCUUAAUUGCCUUGCGAAGUUGAGAGAGAGAGAGAGAGAGAGUUUUGAUUUGAGUUUUAACAUGACCAAGUCUUUCUCUUUCACGUCCCAUGCAAAUGUUGCAUUCGCGAUGUUGUUGCUUUUCUUUAUCAUGAGCACAGCAAGCCAAGCGCAACUAUCUUCAACAUUCUAUGACCAAACCUGCCCAAACGCUCUUGCUACUAUCAAAUCAUCCAUAAGCAGAGCAGUUUCUCGUGAAAGCCGGAUGGCGGCGUCCCUAAUGCGCCUCCAUUUCCAUGAUUGCUUUGUUCAGGGUUGUGACGCAUCACUCUUACUUAAUGAUUCUGCUUCUAUCGUAAGCGAAAAGAACGCAUUUCAAAACAGGGGUUCUGCUAGAGGCUUCGAAGUCAUAGAUGAUGCAAAAGCUCAAGUGGAGAAGAUUUGCCCUGGUGUUGUAUCUUGCGCAGAUAUCCUUGCUGUGGCAGCUCGGGAUGCAUCAGUUGCUGUGAGUGGUCCAUCUUGGACUGUGAAGCUUGGAAGAAGAGAUGCGACCAGAGCAAGCCAAGCUCAAGCUGAAAGUGACCUUCCACUUUUCACAGACUCCCUUGACCGCCUUAUUUCCAGAUUUGGUGACAGAGGCCUCAGUCCCAGAGAUCUGGUUGCAUUGUCGGGUGCACAUACAAUAGGGCAGGCUCAGUGCUCAUCAUUUCGUGACAGGAUUUACAACAAUGGAAGUGACAUUGAUUCUAACUUUGCAACUACUCGCAGACGCCGCUGUCCAGCUGCUGCACCCAACGGUAAUACAAAUUUGGCACCACUUGAUUUGGUGACACCAAAUUCAUUCGACUACAAUUACUUCAAGAAUUUAGUCCAGAAGAAGGGUCUUCUUGAAUCAGAUCAAGUUCUCUUUAGUGGAGGAUCCACAGACAGCAUUGUCUCUGAGUAUAGUUCGAAACCCGCAACUUUUAGGUCUGAUUUUGGAAUCGCCAUGAUUAAGAUGGGAGACGUUUCUCCUCUCACUGGUUCAGCUGGAGAGAUCAGAAGGAUUUGCACUGCUCUCAACUAAAACUUUCUUGAGCCCCAAGAAUCAAGAUGAAAUGUACAACCUAAUUUGAAUAGCGAAUGUCUUCCUUUUGUGUUUGUUUUUUAUUUUUUUGCGAAUGUCUUGUUGUAUUUGAUUCAUUCAUAUGUAUGUAACCUCAAUUAUACAGUGUUGUUAUUGUUGUAAGAAUAAAUUACACCUCAAUGAAUACUUUGAGGAAGAUAAUGGAAAUUACUCGAAUUGUUAUAUUUUGUCAA